UCAACAAGGCAAACCCUAAACCCUGUUACUAUUGUUCUAUAAAUUGUAUUCAAAAUAAUACGUAACUCAAUAUGUUGUCCAUAUGUCAUAGCCAACAAGAUCUGGAUCUCAUCGAUCAAAGAGCCAUAUAUUACACCAUUUUGCAGCUCUAGCUCCUUGCCCUUGAGACAAGCCAGGUAAUGGAUAUCACUGAAACUUAAACAACAACGUUUUUAUAUUUGAAAUGAAGAGGCAAUGUGGCAGCAAAGGAGGCAAAGUAGGCGAUGACUAAUGAGGUUUUCUGAUUGCCAACACUUGGAGGACAUGCCAGCUUUGCAUCACAAACCCAUUCAAUAUUAACAUGCAUGUAUUAUAUCACAAAUAGUGGUGCACAAUGUUUGGCAGAAAAGUGACAAGUUCACUAAAUUAUUAGGAAACACAUCAGGGUACCACAUGCUCACGUUGAUUGCGAGAUUUUAGCUCUGCUUCCUAUUUUGCUCACCUAUAGGAUUGAAUUAUGCAUUGCACCUAUAUAUAGAGUGAAGGAAUUCGUGAGAGCACAAAAACAUUGUGCUUCCUUUGAAAAAGAACAGAAUACAAAAAGAAUAACCAUGGCAAACAAGUUCCACGUUCGGUCAAAUAGUUUUCCUUCUGUAUCUCAUCCUAGCAUCUCUAAAGUAGAGGAAGAGCUAAGCAAGCUCAAAACUUGGGAAGCCACAUCCACUUCCACAUCAAAGUCAAUUGGCACUGGCUUGUCCUUGCUUCAAGAUUUGCAUAUUUUCUUGGAAGGUCUUCUCAACUUGCAAUCAACUCAGAAGAUGAUUUCCAACCAUCAAGGUGAGAAAUGCAUGCAAGAAUUGUUGGAUGGUUCGGUGAGAAUUUUGGAUGUAUGUGGCAUCACAAGGGACACCUUGUCACAAAUUAAGGAAAAUGUUCAAUCCCUUCAUUCUUCUCUAAGAAGGAGAAAGGGGGAUUCAAGCAUUGAAAGAAUAGUAGCCGAAUAUAAUUUCUUCUCAAAGAAGAUGAAGAAGAAUGUCAAGAAGUUGAUCACAUCUUUGAAGCAGAUGGAGACCAAAUUUGGAGUGUCCCCACUCUUGAAUCAAGACCAACAACUAGCUGCGUUGGUUAGAGUUCUUAGGGAAGUGAUUGUAAUGAACAUGUCUAUCUUCCAAUCCUUGCUAGCUUUCUUGACCGUGCCUGCUUCAAAGUCAAAGGCGACCAACCGGUUACUAGUAGCAAAAUUGAUGCACAAGGGAGUGAUAUCAUGCGAAGAGAACCAAGAGAAUUCCAAUGAGUUGCAGUGUGUGGAAGCAUCUUUAAGCCACCUUCAAAGUGAAGGUAGUAAUGUUGCAAAGAUGCAGGCUGCACAUGAAAGAUUGGAAGCAUUGGAGAAUGCCAUUCAAAGCAUAGAAAAUGGAUUGGAGAGCGUAUUCAGGCGCAUGGUUAAAACGAGAGCCAGCCUUUUGAACAUAAUGACUCCAUAGAAAAUACUAGUCAUAAUUUUCUUUCCAAAUCCUGCAGUGCAUCCAACAUUUAGGGAUUUGCUGAGGAUUGGAAAAUUUUGCCUCCAUCAAUUUGUACAUGUAUACAAUUCAAAAGUUAUAGAAUCAAAUACAUCAAAUGUUUAUACUCUACAUAUUUCGAUAUACUUUUCACAUUUAUCGUGUUUCUCUGGCUAAACAUUAUAUAGUUACUAAUUAAUAUUGGCUGGAGAACAAUAUCUAACUACCAAACCCCUUUAGUUACAAAAAUUCCACAACCGAGCAGAACACACUAGAGAACAGAAAAAAUAAAAAUAAAAAUAGAAAAAAAAACCGCAUAUAGAUGUUAACAGAAAGAAAAGAAUAAAAAAGAUAAUCACAGGAGCAAUUCUGACAUGCAAAAUCCUUGCAUCAACACUUCCUCUGCUGCUCAAGACCAGUUAGCAGAAAAGUCAUCUACCACGGAUAGCCUAUCCCUUAGAACAGCCUCCCAAGCAAAGAACAAUACCAAUUUUCAUUCCCACUAAUUGCCUCUUCGAAACUAUAGGCAUAGUCACUAUAGUUCCAUAAUUCUAGGCAAGAAUAAUGCUACGGACACUCUUUAACAAUCUUUAUUAUUGGUUAAAAUUUAUUAGAAAUCACAUUUUCGUGGGUUUCAUGUUUCAUAUAAUGAGUAUCUUUUCUGAUUUCCAAGUAAGACUCACCAAAAUUUGAAAUUUUCUAAUAAGU